UUUACACUUUGUAAUAUCGAAAGAACAUGUCAUAACAUGUUAGGUAGCAAAUCCGUCAAUGUAUUGUCACGUUUGCUGAAGGUUUUAUGACGUUGUUGUUGUGUCAAACCGAGUGAGUGAAGGAAGUGAUAAGUCACAUCGUUAGAGACUGGGUUUGUCUGAGUGAAUGAAUAUACAUUACUUCGUCAAGAUACAUUCAUAAAGAAUCCAUGUAUUUGAGAUUUCGGAGUUCGUUUUACAUGUUAUUGUUUUGUUGUGUAAUGUGUUUCUUACGAGCUGAUAAAAUGGCGGCGGCAACUCUGUCUGAGUCAAUGGACUUCAGUCAGGCAGUGAGGGAGCAUCAGAGAGACAUUUUCACGGUUUGCUCUACUGUUUUGAAGCUGAAUGACGACUUUAAUUAAGUCUGAGGCCGGUAACAUCAACAGUGAGGACAAACCCAGCCUGUCUCUCUCCUUCCACACUGAAUCCAAACCUACAGUCACUGGGUCCUGAUUGUGACAGUGGAGCCCAGUUUGCACUGCAGGGUCCAGAGAUGGCAUCAGUGAAGCUGGAAGACUGCAGUCAAACACUGGAGCUGAAUGUCAACAUUAAAGAUGAAGAACAGGAGGAGAAGAUUGGAACAUCUGUUUCUCAUGGAGACCAUGUUGAGACAUUCCCUGCAUCCAGACAACAACAGCAGGAAGAUCACAGAGCUAAGAGGUCUCACCACUGCCCACAUUGUGUGGAGAUUUUCCCAUUUCUAUCAAAGCUAAAAGCACACCUAGAAAUACACACAGGAGAGAAGCCUUACUCCUGCUCUGACUGUGGGGUGAGUUUCUCUCGACUGGAUACCUUAAAAACACACCAACGUGUACAUACAGGAGAGAAGCCUUACUACUGCUCUGACUGUGGGGACAGAUUCUCUCAAAUGAGCAGCUUAAAAGCACACAAACAAGUACAUACUGGAGAGAAGCCUUACUCCUGCUCUGAUUGUGGGAAGUGUUUCUCCAGAUUGGAUAACUUGAAAUCACAUGAACGUAUACAUACAGGAGAGAAGCCUUACUCCUGCUCUGACUGUGGAAAAAGUUUCUCCCGAUUGGAUAACUUAAAAUCACAUGAACGUGUACAUACAGGAGAGAAGCCAUAUUCCUGCUCUGACUGUGUAAAAUGCUUUAAAACAUCAACUGAGCUAAAAGUACAUCAGAGAACACACACAGGAGAGAGGCGUUACUACUGCUCUGACUGUGCAAAAUGUUUUAAAACAUCAACUGAGCUAAAACUUCAUCAGAGAACACAUACAGGAGAGAAGCCUUACUUCUGCUCUGACUGUGGAAAGAGUUUCUCCCGAUUGGAUACCUUAAAAACACAUGAACGUAUACAUACAGGAGAAAAUCCUUACUCCUGCUCUGACUGUGUAAAAUGCUUCAAAACAUCAACUGAGCUCAAAGUUCAUCAGAAAACACACACAGGAGAGAAGCCUUAUUACUGCUCAGUCUGUGGAAAAUGUUUUAAAACAUCAAAUGAGCUAAAAAUUCACCAGAGAACACACACUGGAGAGAAGCCUUACGUCUGCUCUGGCUGUGGCAAAGGUUUCUCUCACCAGAGCAACUUAAAAACACACCAACGUAUACAUUAAAACCAUUUAAAGCGAGGCGUCCCUCUCAGAGUCCGCCGCCCCCCCCCCCCUGUUCAGCUGAAACCGUGGCGCAGGCAAUGCAAAAAUAUUCUUAGAAAUAUUUAACCUCCAUACAUUAACAAGUCCAAUACCUCAAAUGAAAGAUAAACACCUUGUUCAUCUACCCAGCAUGUCAGUUUUUUUAAAUGUUCUACGGCGAAAACACAGCACAUAUUUAUAUUAGACCGAACAAAGACAAGAGGCACCGAAACAAAGACAAGAGGCAGCCAUUUUGUCCCAGAAAAUAUAAAAUUAUAAAAGCAGGAUUAAAAAAUAAAUCAUUAACUAACCUUUUGAAAAUCUUCAUCAGAAGACAGUAAUAGGACAUGUUACACAGU